UUAGGAUGUCUUCAAAUCUCUUAGCUUCUUAUAUAUCACCAAUCGAGUUCUCGCUUGGCAACUUGGCGACUCAGUUGUUCAGCCCUAUGAACUAUUCGCCAAGUAUCGUAACUUUGAAACCCGAUAAUUCUAGUCAAGAUGGAGGCUCCUGAGUCUGCUGAAGUACCGACACAAUGUGAGAAGGUUGGCGAGGCCAUGCCCGAUAUCGCGGGUUACGGAGUUUUGCUAGGUCUCAGCAUACAGGCCUUCAUCUCACUAGUAUUAUCUUUCUGGGUGUUUUUCCUAACAAAACUUGGCCGGCUUGAUAGCCAACACCCCGAGGGCACUCCAGAGCAUGCGAGCCAGAAGAAACGACUCGGAUUUGUGUCUGAAAUUCUGAUGACCGGAAACGAUUUGCAGAUGAUUACAGGAAUCGCCCUUAUCAUUACUGCAGUCUCGAAUGCCAAGAGUAUCGACCUCUACCAUCUCCAUUUAGUUUUUGAUACCGUCAGCUUCGUAGGCAUCUCCAACGCAGCCGCCCUCAUUUGCUGGACCAUUAUGAGAGCUAAGGCGCCAAAGAAGAAGCAUCACCAAAUAGUACCGUCUCACUGGACCGGCCGAUUCCGCGUCUCUUAUAUGUUCGCAGUCCUAUUCUUGGUGAUGACCGUAUUCCUUGAAAUCCGCCUUGAUGGGUGGUCACUCACUUCCGAGGAUCUUGGUCGUUGCUAUAUAACGACGGGCAUUGCAGGUCCUAAUGCAAACCACCCGGGCAGCGACAAGACAUACGUGGCGAUCACGGCGACAUGGCUUCUUCUAGUCAUGUUCGGUGCUUUGUUUGCCCCAGCAAGAUUUGCGAAGCCACUAUUGAUCCUUAGCUUUCUCCAAUUCCCGGUACAUAUGUACAUGAUGAUCCGACUACGAACCGAGAAUCAAGACGCCCUCGAAAACAGAGAGAACGAGAACGAUUGGGACUUCGGGCAAACAACAGCCACCUUGCUGCUUGCUGUCGCCAUCACUCAACUAAUCCACCAGGCCGUGCAAUAUCUAAAAUUCGAGAAAGCCUUAAAGAAGUACGGGCCUGAAUACGCGUUAGCCAACGAAAAUGAUGAAUGUCUUGAUGCUGGAACGCCCUCGAUCGUUGAACAGGGCAUUAAAGGCCUCCGGGAUGUACACCAGAAUCUGAGCAAACGAAAUUUGAGUGAAACUCGUCCUGACAGGGGUGAUGAUAUCGAACGACAGGAGGAAAGUUAUGAAUUAAUGAGGAACUCUGAAGGCAGGAAUCGAACUAGCCUAUAACAGAACGAUACCGUCGAGAUCAUGACCUGGUCAACGGAUGCCAAAGAGGUGGCCCCCCACGUUGCUAAUCAAGUAUGGUGCGUGAGUUUAGACGUCAAUGAUUUCGAGGAGAGGUUCGGUGUUGGCCGGAAUAUGUAAAAGUUGAUAACUACAAGAGCUUUCGACACAACUUAACCGACAAA